GGGUUUGGAAACUAGGUGGACUGUACAGUAGCUGCUAAAGGAAUAGGGGACACUAAGGAUAUACAUUGACAUUCCUGUCUUUUUUUAAAUGUAUAUACUAUUAUUAUGUUUCUUGCUUUGAUAGAGGCUGUUGUCUGUUGUUCUUAUCCAUAGUUAUAAAACAUCUUUAAUAAUAGCUUGGCAUGUACCUUUGGUAAGAAGGUUCCCUCUUUCUGCCCCUCCCCCUAGACAUAUUAGCAUAUCUGGCAUGUUCCCCUAGAUAGAGUCAUUAAGAUUGCUUCCAUUUUCAGUAAGGAUAAAAGUGCAGCCGAGAAUGAGCCUCAUGUUUGAGGCUUUCUUAUCCCUGCAUUCUGAAAAGUUGGGGAAUGGCGGUCAACGUGUAUUCUACCUCUAUAACCCAAGAGACUAUGAGCAGACAUGACAUCAUUGCAUGGGUGAAUGACAUAGUAGCUUUAAACUACACAAAAGUUGAACAACUGUGUUCAGGAGCAGCUUACUGCCAGUUCAUGGAUAUGUUGUUCCCAGGGUGUAUUAGUUUGAAGAAAGUAAAAUUUCAAGCGAAGCUUGAACAUGAGUAUAUUCAUAACUUCAAACUUCUGCAAGCAUCAUUUAAAAGAAUGAAUGUGGAUAAGGUCAUUCCAGUGGAAAAAUUAGUAAAGGGACGUUUCCAAGAUAACCUUGAUUUCAUACAGUGGUUUAAGAAAUUUUUUGAUGCUAACUAUGAUGGGAAAGAAUAUGAUCCAGUAGAGGCUCGGCAAGGACAAGAUGCAAUUCCACCACCUGAUCCUGGGGAACAGAUCUUUAAUCUGCCAAAAAAGUCUCAUCAUGCAAACUCUCCUACAGCAGGUGCUGCCAAAUCCAGUCCUGCAUCAAAACCUGGCUCCACAUCAUCUCGUCCAUCAUCAGCAAAAAGAACACCGCCAAGCAGUUCAGUGUCAAAGUCUGAUAAAGAUUUGGAGACACAAGUCAUACAGCUCAGCGAACAGGUACAUUCAUUAAAACUUGCACUUGAAGGUGUGGAAAAGGAGAGAGAUUUCUAUUUUGGGAAAUUAAGGGAGAUUGAGCUUCUAUGUCAAGAACACGGAGAAGAAAACAAUGAUCUUGUUCAACGGUUAAUGGAAGUUCUGUAUGCUUCAGAAGAACAUGAGAGCCACACAGAAGAACAUGAAGGUGAAGAACAGGUUCAUGAACAGCCCCAGCAGCAGGAAGAAUACUGACCACCUGGCACAUUGGCUGUUUCUGAUUUUCUGUGGGAACUUUCUUUGGAAGAAUGGAAUGGGUGUGGCCUCAGACUUGAAACCAAUCACUCUCUGUCUGCCAUUAACAUAAAUGUACCAUAGUGAGUGUCAGCCAACUUGCCAAGAUGUGUUUUGCAGAAGUCUUCUAUCAGCAUUUGCACCUAAGGAGGUCUGCAAGCUUUGUUCCCAGUUUCUACCAUUGCAACGUCACUAUCUGGCUGCUUGAAAUUUGUUCAGCUUUUAAAAAUAUAUAUAUAAAUAUAAUAUAUAUAUAUAUAUUUAUUUUUCCUUCUGUCUUAAGUAUGAAUAACAUUUGUAAUUUGUUCAAAACUAUUUAUAUGGGCAUCUCUUAAAACAAAAAGUACUAUUCAGUUAGGUUUCACACAUUUCAUGAUAAUUCGGUGCACUUGGACAUUACUUUGGACAAAAGGCAAAAGUGGGAAAUAAUUGAAAUCGACAAAUUCAAGUAAUUUCAAAUAAUUUCCCCCAAAAGCACACAUGCUAGAGCUGUAAUGUUUCUGAUGUCAUAAUCCAAAGCAUGCUAGGAAGCUACACAGUGUAUCUUAUAGUAUUGGAAGAUGCAUACAUGCCUGCCUAAUCUUUCUUUGGACACUUCCUUCUUCUAGAAAGGCUAUUCCUAUUUUAGUUCUAUAUUCAGUAUUUGUCAAUUUAAGCAUUUAUACUGAUCUUUACAGUAUAUAUAUAUCUAAUGAUGUCACUUAUAUUCAAAUUCCCACUGCUGGCUACACUGAUUAUGAAAACAAACUUUUAUUUUUUCUUCUGUGCAAGAGGAGAAACUAGUGAUUGGCCAUGUCAGAAUAUUUACUAGCACAGUUACACAGUUUAUCCUCCAAAGAUCUUCAUGCAUCUUUUUGGAAUCUAAAAAUCAGUGAAUAACUCAAGUACACACAAAUACAAUGUUAAUUUCCAGGUUGCAUUAGUGGGGAUAUCGUAUCCAGAAAGAAAAGCUAAUCAUUAGUUUAGUCCGGAUGAAUGGAUUUGGGUAGCAUGGAAAAACAAAUUGCUGGAUUACAGAAAUAUUCAUUACCAUGCGUUCUAUUAACUUCUAGUUAAAUUUGCACUUAGAUUGUGACAUUUUUAUAGUAGAAAUAAAUCAUAUUAAAACAUUCCUUAUUAUUUAAAUUGCACAUUUUCACAGUCUAAUUAUAGUAUUUUUCCAUUGUAUUCACUGUUUUAUUAUUUGCUUGGUUUUAAAUUGGAUUGGUUAUAAGUAUUCUAGCAAAAAAGAAAUAGAAUUCAAUGUACAGAUUAUCAUCACUGAUGGUCUCAGUCUACUCUAGAUCUGGUCAUAAAUGCUAGUUCUAUUAUUACUAUAAAUGAUGUGUUGCAUCUUUCAAAGUUUCUUUUUCUCUGAAAUUUUCUUGCUUCAGAAUAGUUAAUUACAGCUCAGGCAGCAUGUAUUACAAUCCCUCUUUAAUCCUGUAGCUCAACUGAAGUUUAAUUCCAUCUCUUCAGUUUAGAAGAAUUUACAAAACUAUACUAUGCCAACUCAUCACAAAUAAAGUUACAUUUUCACCUUUCCUAAAAAAUUUUUUUUUAAUAUAUUAAGAAAAAGGAUUUGAUUUCUCUUGGCAGGCAUAAUCAAACUCAUAAAAAGCAUUAUUUUUCAAAAGCUAUAUGCUGUCAUAAUCCAACAAAAAAAAUCCAUAAUAUUUAUUAUUGUUAUGCCACUUCCAAAAUGUUUCUUGUGCUAAAAAAAAACAAACCAACCAGAGGAAGUCAUUAUUUUUUAACACUCCUAUCUCCAUCAAAGCAGUCAUGUCUAUGUUUCUUUUUCCUUCUAGGAAAACUUUUAAAAUACUUCCUUUUGAAGCGCUUUUUGGGCUUUUCGAGGUUUGUUUCUAAACUGCUCUCAUCCAAAGCCUCUCUGCUCACCAUCCUGUCACAUAGGAAUAUUUUGUGUCCAUGGGAGGAGAGUAAUGUAUCUGGUUUUCUACGGUCCCCUUUGUAUGACUAGUCUAUGGAGCAUUUCCCCCCAUUUGGAGCUGGGAAGUGGUUGGCUUAGGAGGCAGCAGGGUAAUAGUUUAAUAUAAAACCUGAUCUGCUCAGUUGUGCUGAGGGGAGACAGACUCUUGGAAGGAAAGAGAACCCCCCCCUCCCCUGUGGUGAGUAAUCCUGUUAUUCCGUUACAGUUUUAAUAUGCAUUCGCAAUUACUUUUACUGAAUAGCACACCAUAAAGCUUUGGUUAUAUAUUAAAUGUAAACUGAAAGGAAUGUAAACAUGUAUUGUUAAUUAUAAAUAGAUAAUGACAUAAUAGAUGCAAAAAGGUCUUAUUCAGAUGUACCAGUCAUUUUGCAUUACCCACCAAUUGUCGCAUGACAGAAUAUACUUUUUUUUUGUCUCUGAAUAUGUGAAUAAUUUGAUUUGCGUUUAUCUUUUUACAUAUUUAAUAAAAAAAAUGUUACAAUC